UUCGUGUAUCGGAUAGAAUGCGUAGGAAGGGCGGUGGGGGCUGUGCGUGGGUAGUUUCGUUAGUGAUGACUGUGGCAAUCGCCAGAACUGUACUCAGCUUCCGACACUAUCGUAAGCAUUUUUACGCCCUCAGCCACGAGGAGGGUCUGAGUGGAGAAUUUGAAGAGUUGGAGCACGAAUUGAUACGGCUGACUCGGAGUGAUGAGUUCAAAACGCGUUUGGAUCCGGACCUGUUGAAGCAUUUUUAUGUGAAUUCGGACGAGUGUAAUGAGUUGAACUGUGCGCAGUGUUCCUGUGAGGUUUGCACCGAUAGUGGAGAGGGUUCCACGACCACAGAGGCUACCACCAUAAAACCAGUUAUUACUACUACGUCUACGACUCUUGUUCCUACUACUGCGUCUACGAAACCUGCAAUUACUACAUUAUCUACGGAGGGUACAACGAUAACAUGCGAAUCACAUACAACAACAUUACUUACGACCUCUACAACUACUGAUCGGCCCACCACUACAGAAGGUAGAACGACAACUUCCACCAAACCAUCAACGACUACAACUUGUGAAGUUACAUCCACGACAUCCUCCAAACCAACGACGGUUACGCCGAUUACAACCACAACUACACCGGUAACGACUACGAGCCGUCAUACUCACAAACCAACCCGAACGAGGACAACUAAACACAGAACCACAAAAGUACCUCAUAGAACAACGACUACGAUUGCACCAACAACAACGACAACUUCCGCUUCGACUACAACAACCUCAACCACUUCCCAGACCACAACUGAUAGUUCAUCAACGUCAAUCUCUUCUGAGGUAACGACUUCUUCUACUUCGGCAUCAACAACUUCUACUUCUUCAGGAGGAACUACUUCUACUACAUCGAAAACAACUGUAUCUAGCUCUCCAGAAACAACAACUUCUUCAUCAAUUUCAUCAACAUCAACUUCUUCAUCAACUUCAUCAACAACAUCAACAACCACUUCGGAAGGAACGACUUCUACUGCUUCUGGAGCAACGACUUCUACCACUCUGGAAGGAACCACCUCUACUACAUCGGAAACAACUGUUUCUAGCACUUCAGUAGCAACCACUUCUACUGCUUCGGAAGUGACAACUUCUUCUACUUCUGGAGCAACGACUCCUACCACGUCGGAAGCAAUGACGACUUCUACAACGUCGGAAGCACCAACUUCCACUACCUCGGAGAAUACCAUCACAACAACUCGGGAUACUUCGACCACUGCAGUAACGGGGACAACAUCAACCAUCACCACCACCACCCCGCCAACGAAACCCACCGGUCGCUGUCGUGGCUGCUUCCGGAAAACGGCUUGCCGGCUCAGGAGUCCUUGUGGAAGUUGUCGCGAUGUGUUCAGACGACUGUAUCGCAAGCUGAACCAAAUCGAUUUCGCCAAGCGUCAGCAGAACCGGCACCAUUAUCAUCAGUCCACGUCGCACGCACCGACCCACCGCAGUAAAGUGGCGCGGAAGCAUAAAGACGUGCUGCCGUCUAGCACCAGUCCGAGAUCGAACGACGGGGAUGUGGUUGUUAGGAUACCGGCCCGGAAGUUCGGCACAAAGGCAACGCCACAGCCAGAUCGCACCCGGUUUGCUCGGGAUGGAUACGUUGGCUAUGGGCAACCGAUCGGAACUCGAGAAGGUCUCAAGUACUUCCGGAAGCUGUUGCGGAAGCUUAGGUUCAGGUCGAACUAUCGGGACUGAGAUGGAAGCAUUCUCUGAUAUGAUACUGUGAGCAAAACGAAUUGUUUUUGUUUGUCCGCUGAUGAGGAUGAAAAAGGGUAGUAUCUAAGUAUGAUUUGAUUUAUUGGGGAGAACAAAACCUUCCUACUACGUAUUAUGCAUUGCAAAACUACAUCGAGUGAUAAUGCAACAUGCAUGAAUCAGUUUGGAUAAUUAAUGUAAAAAAUGUAUUCAGGCUGUUUUUUCAGUUCUAAGAUAUGUCAGGCAUACAUAUAUUAUGGCAUAUAUAGAAAUUUAGUCGAAUCUAUUGAAUUUUAUGUUACGAAUUUAGGAUAUAAAAUUAAUAUUGGUCGUGAAUAUGUGAGGACAUUUCAACAACUAUUUAGAUUUCAAUUUUAAGUUUCCAAAAAAACCCAAAUGAAAAUUGAUUAAAUUCAAUGUUAUAUCUUUCCAUUAUUUAUUGAUAUGUAUAUAACUCAAAAACCACUUUUCUACAGUGAAAAUAAAUGCAUUACUUAGUCAAAUUAUUGGAAGAACCGCUUGUGGAAGUUUUCGAAUGUUUUUUUGACGUAGAACUACGUCUAUCGUUAAGAGUGCAGGUUACAUUUUUAUGAAAUAAAGUUAA